AUGGAUGGAGACACAGAGUAUGACAAAGUUGAAGAUGUUGUGGGCUGCCACGUUGAAGAUGCUGUAACAUUUUGGGCGCAGAAUGUCAAUAGAUGUGAUGACCUCUUGAAAUUAAGUCAUGUACUGGCAGAAGCUUGUCCUCGGGCUAACGGAGUUUUUGGCAAACUUGAUUUUAGUAAGAUUUAUGGUGGGUGUUUUUCUGAAGACAGAUGUUGGUACAGAUGUAAGGUACAGCGAGUGAUCAACAAUGAAAAGUGUCAGGUAUUGUACAUUGACUAUGGAAAUUCCGAGGUUCUGAAUAGGUCAGACAUAGUUGAAAUUCCACCAGACUUGGAAUAUCCCAGUGUUGCCAAGAAGUACAGGCUCUGGGGACUGCAGAUACCAAACGAUCAAAAGUUAAACAUGUUUGACCAGGGGAGGGAGUUCUUGAGCAGCCUAGUUUUUGAAAAAGAGAUAAAAAUACAUCACAAAGCCAAGCACGAAGAUGGUACCAUUAUUGCCCAGGCAGAAUUUGAAGAAACAGAUAUUGGAGAAGAGGUGGCCAAGGCAGGGUUUGCUGCAAAAUGCACAUCUCCAAGAAACAGUAAAGAUGCGGAAGAGAGAAAAGUAGAUGUCAUGCAAGGCCACUGUCGUAAGAUAAAAGCUUCGGCUCCACUGUGGACAAACAAGUUUAAUCACGCGCUGCACCGCAGCCCAAGAGGGCGUUUUGACUACCUAGCUGCCAGGUCAAGGAAUCAGAAUUUUGCUGGGAAUCGCAUGUUUGCCCUGAAGCAUAUUUGGGGUGGUGUGCCUGUGAAGGAAACUGAGAAAGAAAGAAAGAAGUUAGGGUGUAACCAAAGCCGUGCAGGUGAGGAUGAAGUUGAUGUGGGGUCUAGUGGAGCUUUAAGAGAGAAGAAAGCAUCCAGGAAAACUGCUGAACGUUUUCAUGAAACCCUGUGUACUCAUAUUGGAAUGAAAAUGAGAAGUUUGGCUGCUAAGAUGAAGGCAUUGAAAGAAGUUAGGCACGCAAAUAAGAGCAAUCAUUUUGGGGAGCACCUCUCACAAGCCAUAAAAGUGGUUACAGAAGGAUGUCUCGCUGUCCCAUGUUCCUUGGAAAAAUUGCAGAAGAUUUGGACAGAGUAUGACUUGGCUCAGGAGAAGAUUCUGUUAUGCAGAAAUGUGGAUGAGAGAGAUGAAUUGAUCACCAAGAGAGAUGAGGUGCAGCAGAACUUGUGUUCAGCAGUGGAAGAAUUCAUUUUUGAAGUGGAUCAACUGCCCCUCUCCGAGCGCUCAAGAAGGUUACAAGAGCUGUCUGCUUCUCUGGAGAUGGUGUAUGGUGAAGGUUCUGAAGCAGAUGACUCUGAGGAGGUAUUUCAACAGUUCUUUGAGUUGAAGAGUGUUAAAAUGAAGAGAUUAAUUUGUGUCAGAAAUGAUACAGACACAGCUCUGCAAAUUCUUGCUGACUGGUUCAGUGGCAUCUUAAAGUGUUUUGACCUGAUGUCGGAAGCAUCUUCAGAUUUAGAGGAAGUGGUUGGCAAUGCGGAUGAAAUUCUGAAAAAGGUUGAGUUGGCUAUUUGUGAAGAACUGAAUGCUAACUUAAAUGAGCAUGAUGAAGCAGAGAAGGAAAUAAUUACGAGUGCUUACAAUAAAGUUAUACAUAAAGUUUGUCAGGAGCAAAGUCUGACCACUGUCAUACAGAGCAGAUACUGGGCCAGUGUUGAGUUCAAAAAACAUUCUCAGGAAUGGCUGAAUAGAAAACCCAGUAUUAACAACUUAUUAUCAAUUAAGAAAACUGUGAAAAGCUUAAAGGCCCAGUUAAGGUGGAAGCUGGUUGAAAAGAACAACCUUGAUGAAUCUGAUGGUUACAGUGAGUUGGAAAUGACAAGAAUAAAAGGUGAAAUUGCUGAUCUGCGAAAUAGGGUUCUUCAGGAAAUAUCCAAGGAACAAGAAGAAUAUGAGAAGCUUACGUAUUUGGUACAGAAAUGGUUCCCUGAGUUACCCCUUCUUUAUCCAGAAGCAGGAAUUCUGAACUAUAUGAACUCCGGCGGACUUGUGACACACAGCCUGGAGCGAGACCUUUUGGAUGCUGAGCCCAUGAAGGAGCUGAGCACGAAGCGACCUUUAGUGUGUUCAGAAAUUCAGGGCCAGAAGGUUCUUUUAAAGGGCUGCUUUGUAGAUGUAAAUUCGGAAGCCAAAGUGAUAGAAAGAGCUGCGAAGUAUCACAAAGCGUGGGCGAAACAGAAGGAGAAGUCUGGAUUAUUACAACUGUUGUUCCUUCUUUUCUGCAAGUCUGAUCCUUUGGUAUAUUUGAUGGUCCCGUACUACCCUGGAGCAAGUCUGGGAAGUUUACAAGCUGAUACACCUCUAACUUUAGAAGAGGCUUUAAAAGUGAUGAAAGGAGUGGCCCAAGGUCUACAAACGUUGCAUGGAGCUAAUAUAGUACAUGGAUCUCUGCAUGGAAAUAAUGUUUUUGCUGUGAAUCGAAAACAAGGAAUCGUUGGAGACUUUGAUUUCACGAAAUCAGAGGAACAACGCGCUGCUGUGAACACGAUGGUUGUCAGCACCCUGAGCUUAGUUUCUCCUGAACUGAAAAUGGGACAGCCAGCUUCUCCAGCCUCGGACAUGUAUGCUUAUGGCUGCCUUCUGUUCUGGCUUUGCGUUCAAAACCAGGAGUUUGGCAUAAAAGAAGAUGGAACACCUGAGGUGGAUGCAGUUGUCAUGGAUGAUAAAGUUAAAUCUCUUCUCCUGAAUUUAUUCUCCUGUAACAGACUGACAGCUGAGCAGGUGCUGAGGGAUGAUUGCUUCCUCCUAGUUGAUGUGAUUCCGGUUUCACCAGAACCAGGUGAAGAGCAUGAGCCACCUGAAGAACAUGAUUCUGAGAAGACAGUUGAGGGGGCAGAGCUCGAUACGUUCCAGGUUUUCUCACACAUGAAGAGCAACUCCCCCACCUCACCUAGUUGGCCUGUCUUCCCUGAAGAGUACGUAGCCCGCCAUGACAGCAUUCCGCCCAUGCGAGCUAUCCCACCGUGUCUCUGUGACUGCACUGAGACCGUGGUCCUGUGA